AUGCUGCCUGUGUUCACCUUACAGCCCGUGUCGGAUGAAGCUAUUUUCAAUGUUUUUAACAGUGUUCCUAAGCUCGAUUCGGACGGGCGGCAGGUGUUUACUGAGGAGGGCGAGGUUGUGAGGGAGCUUGAGCAGAAGUUUAAUUUUCAUUGGCAUGUGGAACAUUUUAACCACGAGACUGAUCAUUAUAUUGUGAAGGCGGGCCAGUUGAACACUGGCGAUCAGGCCAGUUACGACCAGCUGCUGGAUUUCGUUGCGGGGAUACCCCCAAUCCAGCGUGUGGGCGAAGGGAGAAGACCCGUUGUUGACGAGGACGAGAAGCCAGUGUAA